UCAAGUUUCACCUAUUUGAAAAAGUGACCAUCACUUCAACGUAUUAUGACGGGGUUGGAAAAAACUUUCCUGGUGACCGACAAAGUAACCAAGAUGUAUUCGCUAACUAUAGACAGUGGAGGACAGAAUAAUUUCUGUAAGGAGAAACUACAAGAAGAGGAAGAGAUUCCCUGUGCGAUCACCCUCUACCAUUGCCAUAACAAUAAUAGCAAAGCCUAUGAAGCCAGGCAGAAGGAACAGAAACUUGCCAAGAAAAAACUCUAUAUUGCGUCCGUUAUAUGUCUCAUCUUUAUAUUCGCAGAAAUUGCAGGUGGUUAUAUUGCCGGAAGCCUUGCUGUAGUAACAGACGCAGCCCACCUUUUAGUGGAUCUGUCUAGCUUUCUAAUCAGCCUUUGUUCUCUCUGGCUAUCGUCCAAGCCUGCCACAAAACGACUCACUUUUGGAUGGUUCAGAGCAGAAAUGGUUGGUGCUUUGAUGUCUAUGAUAACGAUUUGGGUGGUAACCGGAGUAUUAUUAUACUUGGCUUCUGAGAGAAUACUACACCCAGACUACACCAUAGAUGGGACAGUGAUGCUCAUAACCUCAGUGUGCGCCUUAGUGGCUAAUUUAAUACUAGCUUUGAUUUUGCAUCAGAAAGGGCAUGGCCACAGUCACACAGGAGGUCAACAUGAGCACAUGGUGUCUGAAAAUGAGCCUCAGACUAACGCAAGCAUACGGGCAGCCUUUAUCCAUGUCAUCGGGGAUCUGUUCCAGAGCAUCAGCGUGCUAACCAGUGCACUUAUAAUAUAUUUUAAGCCACAGUACAAGAUAGCAGAUUCAAUCUGUACCUUCAUAUUUUCCAUUUUUGUUCUGGCCACUACCUUCACAGUGUUAAGAGAUGUUUUAAUUGUCUUAAUGGAAGGUACUCCACGAGGUAUUAAUUAUAGCGCUGUGAAACAGAACAUUUUAGCAGUAGACGGAGUUAAAUCGGUCCAUAGCCUUCACCUUUGGGCUUUGACAAUGAACCAAAUCAUCCUUUCAGUUCAUGUUGCUACAGAAAAUCUAAAUGAUUCCAAAAGAAUUCUGAAGGAAGUUACCCAGAGUGUUUUUGACAGCUUUCCCUUUCACUCCGUUACCAUUCAGAUCGAAUCUGUAGAUGAGCAGGUCCCUGAUUGUAUGUUCUGCUACGAGCCAACAGGAUGAAUCCAUUUCUUUUUAGGAAACCUCAGGCUACACAAGCUACUGACUGUGCUUCUUUUAAUGUAAAAUGUGUCUACAUUGUGUCUACAUAAUGUGAUAUGAUGGUUCAUUGAAAU